AUGGACAUCACCUCAAUAGCAGAAGGGGACCGGAAGUGCCUAGUAUGUCAAGUGGUGGGAAUGCCCCGUCCGUCUGUGUAUUGGCUGAAGGAUGGUGUUUGCAUAUCCACAAAUCCACGCUUCCGGUCCGAGUACAGGGAGGAUGGUUUUGUUCUCCUUUCAAUCGACAAGGUCAGCUUGAAAGACGCGGGAACGUACUCGUGCAUCGCAAUCAAUAUCAUGGGGUCGGCGGAAACAGCAACAUUUCUUAGGGUAGAAGGAACAGAAAGUAAACGAUUGCCGUUGGCAAACGCUACUGUUACAUACACAACGUUUGCUGAAAAUAACUCAUCUCCAAACGAAACCAGACAAUCUGACACUCAUUCUGAUGACCAAAGUAUAGAACUUGAAAAGAAAACUAACCAUAUUGAUGUGACUGACGAAGCUGGAAAUGUUAUAGUUGAACUCCUCCAUGAGUCUUUAGUGGAGGUACACCGUGGUAGUUUGUUGGAACUCACGUGGCAAAUAAGAGGAGUGCAUAUUUCCAAGGUCCAUUUGAUCAAGAAUGGUGAGAGGAUUCAACAAAAAGUUGGCAUGUCCGUUCACAAGGCUGAUGAGAUCGUUUUCCUGCGUAUCGCAUCUGUCAGCGAUGUUGACGAAGGAGACUAUACGAUCCAAGUUGAAAACGUCACUAUCGAGGCUGCAGGGAAAACGUCCGUGAGAAUCGUGUCCACCGAAACAGAGAACUUUCCGGUCAAUGAAGAGGAAUGUAACUCAGCACCUCGGAUAGAAAUUAAAUUUUCUGAAAGUUCGAGUGUUAAUCUAGUCAAAGUCAACGCCGCUGAGUCUUUUGAAGAUGAACUAAAUCAUGCAAGUGUAGACACAGACGAUGAACUGGAUCUGCUGGCAGCAAAUGCACUACGCAGAACAGCGCUAGUUAGAACGAGGACGUUAGAACAAACGACUUGGGGCAACAGUGAUACAAACAGCGAGGAAUGCAGGCAGAAUAACAACACACCGUCUGAGACGUUAGAUACAUCAGAAACACCACUGGUCGCUGAGGAUAAAGGUCGGUGA